UCACAUUCACAACACAAACCCAAACACAUUACACACGCUCUCUCUCUCUUCUCUACUUUCUCUCUCCUCUCGCUCUUUCCUUCACUCCAAACGACAUUCCACCCUUUUUUUACAUCCCUGCAUGCAAAUUUUCAUCAAAAUUCAUCACCAUCAUCUUCAUUGUUGCUGCUAUUGUAACCAUUUUUCGAAUUGUAGAAAAGUCAAGGAGCAAAAAAUUGGGGAAAAAGUUUAUAAUUUAGGGUUUUGUUGGAGCUAUGUGAUUUGUGAUGUCAUUAAUUCUAUUAAUUUUAGUGUAUAAAUGCUCUUUCCCGGGGAUCUAGGGUUUCGCUUUGCCGUGUUCUUCAUUUUCGGAGUUUUUCCGGCGGGUUUCUUCAUCCUCCGCCGGAAAUGGCGGGUUGCUGUGGCCAGACAAGAGGAGAUCAACCGUUUGCUUGUUUUGGCUUCUGAAGAGGCUGCUCGAGCUGAACUUGAGGCUAAUUUUGGGUAUAAUUAUACACCUUAUACUAGUUCUUCUGCUUAUACUAGUUCUUCUGUACCGGUACCGGUUCCGGUUCCGGCUCCGGCACAGCGGCUUUGUGCUGUUUGUUUCACUCCAACACCUAAUCGAUGUGCCAGAUGCAAGUCAGUCAAUUACUGCUCUGGCAAGUGUCAAAUAGUUCAUUGGAGACAAGGUCACAAGGAUGAGUGUCAUCCAUCGGUGAACAAUUCUGAGAUCAGUGAUGAGGAAGUCAGUUUUGUGGGCGAUAAUCAGCUUUAUUCUCACGGCAAUAUUCCCAUCACUGAGAAUGGUGGAAUACAAUUUGAGGAACAAGUGGAAGCUGCACAGAAAAAACCUGGAUUCAUCCCUCCUGCACACUUACCUACUGAUUUGUCCGUGAAGGACAACAAGGAUGCAACUCAAGCUGAACUUCAUGGCACAUCAGAACAGCCAGAAGUGUCUCAGCUUCAUGCAUCUUCUUCUAGUGAUAGCAUGUGCAUUGAUGAUUCCAUCUCAGAUAUUGAUAGUUUGCACGAUCUUGAUUCUGAUUCAUAUGAUUCGUGUUCCAUGCUUGACAACCCUGAGACAGUUUCAAGUGAUCAGAAUUUGGAGCAAACGAAGCAGCUGGAGGAGAAAUCUCAUUUGAGAGUGUCAUCCAAUGGUAAUUUAUAUGUUUCCAGUGAACCAAAGGAAGAAGAAGCAUCAAGCAAAAUAACUGGCUCUUUAGGUUUGAGCAUCAAUCGCUCAGACAAGAACUUAGCUAAGCCAUCAACAGCCACACCUGGUUUCUGGGAUGGUUCUCUUGACUAUUGCAGAACUAAAAAAUACAUGCAAAGUGCUGAUGCCAAGCCAAUUAUUGGUGGAUUUGGUGAUCUCUCAUCAGAUAUGCAUUCGAAAGGGCCAGAAACAUCAGUUGAGUCCCGUCCUGGAAUUUUAAGAACUGAUAAGGUUGUUGCUGUGUCCACAAUGCCAGAAGAGAAGUCUACAUUUGUGGGUUCCAAAGAGCCUGUCGCUAGGGUUAAGAUGAUGAACAAGGAUAGAGAUUCGGUAAAGUCUGGAGAAGUUGGAGCUACACAUAAAAAUUUAAAGGACAAUACCUUACCAUUCCGUGCUUCAGCGAAGGCUGAUGAUUUGGGCAGAUACUCAAUAGAUGCUCAGAAUUCACCAGUGUCAAAGAAAGCUGGAUUGUCACCAAAAUCUCUUAAUGGUCCCCCAUCUGCCAUGAAGGAGCCUACUUCCACAAUUAUAAAGUCUGUUAAAGCUGGUGCAAAGGCUUCCCUGCCCACUCAGGUAGCCAGACCUGCCCCAAGUGCUGCUGCUGGCUUGAAAACGUCUGUGCUUAAAGUUGUAGAGCAAUUUAGAGUUCCAAAGUCGUCGAAGCAAAGUGAUGAUGUGGGAAGAAAAAGUGAGAAGGCUGUUUUCCCGUAUGAAUCGUUCGUUAAGCUUUAUAAUUGGAAUAGAGUGGAGCUUCGUCCAUGUGGCCUGAUAAAUUGUGGGAACAGCUGUUAUGCCAACGUAAUUCUUCAGUGCUUGGCAUUUACCCCACCACUUACUGCUUAUCUUCUUCAAGGACUUCAUUCUAAAACAUGUACAAAGAAAGAAUGGUGCUUCACAUGCGAGUUUGAAAGGUUGAUCUUAAAGGCAAAGGAAGGGGGUGCUCCGCUUUCUCCAAUAAGUAUAUUGUCCCAGAUAAAGAAGAUUGGCAGCCAUCUUUCUAAUGGGAGAGAAGAAGAUGCACAUGAGUUUCUGAGGUAUGCUAUUGACACAAUGCAAUCUAUCUGCCUUCAAGAAGCUGGGGUGAAUUCUUCUGUCUCUUUACAUGAAGAAACAACUCUCUUGGGUCUUACUUUUGGAGGCUAUCUUCGCUCAAAGAUAAAGUGUGCAAGAUGCCAUGUAAAGUCAGAGAAACAUGAAAGAAUGAUGGAUCUUACCGUAGAGAUAGGAGGAGAUAUAGAGACUUUGGAGGAUGCUUUACGGCAAUUCACUGGAACCGAGCUUCUUGAUGGGGAAAAUAAAUAUCACUGUGGCAGGUGCAAAUCUUAUGAGAAAGCAAAGAAGAAAUUAAAUAUAGUAGAGGCUCCAAAUAUCCUUACAAUUGCAUUGAAGCGGUUUCAGUCUGGUAAGUUUGGCAAGCUCAACAAGACAAUUCGGUUCCCGGAGAUUUUAAACCUAGCCCCAUAUAUGAGGGGAGGAAGUGACAAGUCACCAAUAUACAGACUUUAUGGGGUCGUUGUUCACUUGGAUAUUAUGAAUGCUGCUUUUUCAGGACACUAUGUUAGUUAUGUCCGUAACGCACAGAACAAGUGGUACAAGACUGAUGACAGCAUGGUCAAGGCUGUGGAACUGGAGAGAGUGCUUAACAAGGGAGCAUACAUGCUUUUCUACUCAAGAAUCUCACCACGUGCUCCAAAAUCUAUAAGAAGUGCCAUAGUCUCUCGUGAUUUGCCAAGUAAGCUUAAAAUUCCCGAGGUUGAUGCUUCUCGAAUCAACGGGAGAACUACUACGACGACUUCAAGACCGAGAGAUCAUCCGCCUUUGCACGGCAAUCGUAGUCCCGAUAUCGGUUACAUUCACCAAAGUGGAACAACAAACCUCCCACCACCAGUGCGGAACAUUCUAGAUUUCGACUCUUCUAGUGAUAAUUCAUCCCUGUUUAGCCACUCAGAUGAAGUCUCAAGCAGCACAGACAGCAACAGCAGGGAGUCUAUUAGUGCAGAUGACUUUUCCGAGUAUAUUUUUGGUUACAACGCCUUUUUUAGGCAUUCUUCGGAUUCAGACACUUCUUCUUCUUCCUCCUCUUCUUCCUCGUCUUCUCCUCAAUACACAACAAACCAUUCACCCCUUUCCAAUACAGAGAGGUACGCGUCUGCUCUUCCUAAUGAUAAUGCUCAUUCAGUUAUAAUGGAGGAUUCCAGACCUGAAAAUUUAGGUUCAUCAUUUUUGAAUUCUAACAGUAGUAUUAGUAGUAGUAAGCAAGAUAGGAAGAUAGUAAAUAUUAGUGGUAGUAGAGAGGCGGAUGCCGAGAAAUUAGGACGGGCUAACCCUUUGGAUAAUGGAAAAUCUGGUGUACUUCUGAGAAGAUCUUGGAGAAAAAGAACAGAUUAAGUAAUUCCAUCAUAUAAUGUUAUGUUAAUGAGUUGGGAAAAUAAGUGUUUAAUUUUAGUAAUUCCUUUUUCCCCCACAAUUUUUUUCAUGUUUUUUUGAGGGGGGAAGGGGUCCGGAAAUAUUUGUAUGUAUGUAAUUUUGUUACAUUUGUAUUUAAUGAGAAGGUAUAAAGAAAAAAUGAAAGUUUAAAUUUCA